UGGAAUGCCACUUGACCUUUCAUCAGCCAGUGUUUGUAUUUAAGUGAUGCAGGGACAACAGAUCACCCAUUGUAGGUGUCCAGUGUUGACAUGACAGGCCCUUGUAUUUCAUGCAGUCAUGUUCAGGAGACAUAAACCCAGCACUCUUGAGCACAAGAAAGAUCUUGCCAUCCAGGGAUCAGUAUCGCCUGCACCUUAUAAUGGCAUGAAAAGUUUUUUCAACUUAUCCCAGCUCGUACUUUCUGCUGGCCACCUAAGACCACUGCCAGUUCUUAGACAUUCAAAAAUCACUUAUGUUGAAGUGGAGAUUCUUGAUGCCCACAGCAAAAAGCAGAUCUGUGUAGUGGAUAAGGUACCACCAUCAUCAACACUUCUUGAUGUAAAACAUAAGUUUCACAAAAUAUGUCCACAAUGGUACCCAUCUCGGAUAGGCCUGCGACUAGAGCGCAAUGGGCCCUUUUUAAAAGAUUCUGUUAAUGUAAAGAGUCUUGCAGCAUCUUCUAUUAUUACACUGUAUUUCACAGAUAUGGGACAGCAAGUUAGCUGGAUAACUGUUUUCCUAACUGAAUAUACAGGCCCUCUUCUAAUCUAUCUGCUGUUUUAUUUUCGCUUCUCAACUGUUUAUGACGCAAAAGAAAGUGCAAGAUGUUUACGGCAUUCUGUGGUUCAUUUGGCCUGCAUCUGUCACUGUUUACAUUAUAUCAGGCUUCUUCUGGAAACGCUCUUUGUGCACAAGAUCUCAGAAGGACAUACACCACUGAAAAAUAUGAUCAAGGGCUGUGCUUUUUACUGGGGAUUUACUUCUUGGUUUGCUUACUACAUCAACCACCCCCAGUAUACUCCUCCAUCAUUUGGAAAUAAACAAGUUUCUUUUGCUACCUUCGGAUUUCUGGUAUGUGAAGCUGGAAACCAUUUUAUCAAUGUGGCUUUGGUUCAUCAAAAUCAGUCAGGAAAUAAAGUAUCUUUUCCAAGUCCAACACUCAAUCCUUUCACAUGGAUUUUUACACUUGUUUCCUGUCCAAAUUAUACAUAUGAGAUUGGCUCUUGGUUGUGUUUUACAGUGAUGACACAAACUCUGCCAGUUGGUGUUUUUGCAUUACUAAUGUCAAUCCAGAUGGUACAAUGGGCUCGAAAGAAGCACCAACUGUAUCUGAAGAAAUCUAUUACACACAGGUGGAGAAAAGCUAUGAUUCCCUUUAUAGUGUGAAUGUACAUCAAAGUGGUUUGUACUAUCCUGGUCAGUUGAAAGUAGUGUAACACAAUUCAUUUUGUUCUUCAAGAGAAACAUAGUAGAACAUUGAU